AUGAAUAGUUGUAGAAUGAUGUAUAUUAUUACGUGGUUAAUGGUAAUUAGCAUGAGUAUAAUUAGCUUAGUACAUGCUCAAGUGCUUCCACCUUGUGCUAAUCCACUAUUACCAUGCAUUCACUACGCUAACUCCAAUACUCCACCAGACAACAUAUGCUGCAAUCCAAUUAAAGAUGUAAACUCAACCUUCGAAACAUGUUUCUGUCAAAUUGCUUUAACUCCAGGUUUACUUGAAGCUUAUGGUCUUAAAUUAGCUCAAGCUUUCAAAAUUCUACACUCAUGUGGUGUCAAAAUGGAUCCUAGUAUCUGCAAUGCGCCUUCUCCAAUUCUUCCUCUGUCGUUAGUGCAACCCUCAGCAACACCUCAAAGCGAUGAAGGAGGAGCGAGCAAGAUUUUUUUGACUAGCCUAUACUUUAUAGUGUUUAUUUGGACACUAUUGAUGCUCAAGUAG